CAUGUCAAUGCCGGAACAUUGGCGACCUCAAGUGGUGAGAUUUUGGAACUACAUCAACAACAAAAAGCGGCGCACUUCUUCCCGGAAGUGGCGUUUGAAGAAGUUCCUCGCUUCCGGUCUGUCGGUUAAUCCACUUGUUGAGGGGCAGAGGAGAACGAAGACGCAACAAAUCUUCAUUAAAAGUGUAACAAUGGCGGCCACGGACGGAUAAAUAAAAAAAACGACGAUUCGAGCACCAUGUUGGGAUUGAGAGAAGCUGGAGUCCUCGGAGCCUCCUUGGCUGUCGCGGGUGGAGUCGCCUAUAUCGUCUGGAACUACACCUCCUCCACCUCCUCCUCCUCCUCCUCCACCUCCUCCUCUGCGGGGAAGAAGCCUCAACAAGACGUGACGAGUGAACAACCCGUCGUCGUUCCCGCCGCUGCUCCGCCGGUUGUUGCUACGGAGCCAAAGAAACCGUCGGAGCAUGCGGGGACCCAGGUGCUGGUUCUGGGUCUGGACGGAGCCGGUAAGACCAGCCUGCUGAACUGCUUCUCCACCGGGUGCCUGGAGCCGGACGUGCAGCCGACGGAGGGCUUCAACGCCGUCUCCAUCAACCGGGAGAACCUGCACAUCGACUUCCUAGAAAUUGGCGGUAAAGAGGAGCUCCGGCCGUACUGGCAGAAGUACAUGUCCAGGGCCCUGCUGCUGGUGUUCGUGGUGGACUCCUCCAGCCCGGAGCUUUUCCCCAUCGCCAAGAAGCAUUUACACGAGCUGCUGGCGCCCGAGCCCGACCUGCCUUUAAUGGUGCUGGCCAACAAACAGGACCUCCCGGGAAGCUGCGGCAUCACCGACCUCCACGAGGCGCUGUCUCUGUCCGAGCUCGGCGACCGCCGGCUGCUCCUCAUCGACACCUACGUGAUUAAGGGCGAGGCGGCGCUCGGCUCCGGCGUCCAGGACGCCCGCGACCUGAUCAUCCAGAUGGUUUGUGACGGCAAAUAAUUAUUUUUGAAACACCGCGGCCGCUUCUCUGCAGACGACGCCUUGGGCUGAACCUUUAACUUAUCUUAAUGCGUUUGGUAGAGUUCGGGGCGAUGACGCGUCGCUGACUUUUUUAGAAUCUGUCGCUACAUCGUUUAUCAAAAGUAAAAGAUUUGUUUUGUUAAUUUAAGAUGGAGGGGUCGUACACCAAAGAUUUCUGCUCAUCCAGUGAGUCUUAUCCGAAUGUUUUUAACGAGAAUCCCAGUUUACAUUUACUCAGGACGACGUCUGUGUGCGACGGGCUCAGUUCAAUACCUCGGCAUCAAGACUCGCGUUCAUACAAAGUCCACAAAUCAGGCUCCCCUCUGGCAUCGUGAUUUUCUAGGUAUUUAAAUGUCUGGACUGGGAAUCAUGAUUUUCUGGAUAUUUAAAUGUCUUUGGACAGUUCCCCGUUUCUGCCACUAGGGGGCGCGAACGUGUUAACUAAAUAUAAAAUAAUUGACACCGCAGCUAUUUAAUGUCUAAAUGAACCGGUUGUUUAGUGAAGCAGUUAAAGUGUGAUAUUAAGGGCUGUUUUAUUGAUAUCUAGUCACCGAACUUUAUCGACCAAAUAACUUCUGUUUUCUUUUUAGAUUAGUUUUGCAUUGAGAGGAAAUUUACUUUAAAAACCUCUUCUUCUCUGGAUGUGUUUUUUUUUGGAUUAGCUUUUGUGUGUCUUGCUGCUUGUUCCUCAUUAUUUGAUCUUAAUGUGUUUAAUUAUGGUAAAAUCUGCUUAAUUAAUCCCCGUCUCUUAACUCUGGGAUGAAGGGGAACUACAGUGUUGUGUGAAAAGCCUUCAUGUGUUACUACAUUAGUCCAGGAAUGUAAAAAGUACCGAAACCAGAACAAGUCCACGUCGCAGUAUUGAUCCGUCUGAUUGUCUUGCAUACUGUUUUUAUUCCACACUUGAAUAAAUCGUUUCCACUAAAUCGA